UAGAAAAAAAAAUUCCCUCAAAUAAAGAAUCAGAAUUUCAAACUCUAAUCUCAAAACAAUGACAAGUCUUAGUGAGCAAGAAUUGGAUUACUCUGAAACUAUUUCACCUGGCUACAGAUUUCGCCCUACCGAUACCGAGCUCAUUGUUGAAUAUCUGCUAAAGAAAGUUGACGGUCGACCUUUGCCUCGAAACAAAAUCAUGGAUGUCGAUCUUUAUAAGUUCCAUCCCGACGUUCUUGCAGCUACAUAUUCUAAUUAUGGAGACAACGGAUGGUACUUUUUCACACCAAGGGACAAGAGGUUCCGGAAUGGAUCGGUACCCAAUAGAUCUGCCCGCGGCGGGUACUGGAAAUCGGUCCGAUCCGAAAAACGUAUAAGGCGGCAUGAUGGUGUUAUUAUUGGAAGAAGGAAGGUUCUUGUUUUCUACAUGGGAAAACCUCCAAAGGGUGAGAAAACUGACUGGAUUAUGUAUGAAUUCAAACUUGAAAACGCGCCUCCAACUCGAGUGCCAAAGAUGAAUCCCAACACAGAAGAGCCUAAUAUAAGGUUGGAUGAUUCAGUUUUAUGUCGAAUUUAUAAGACAUCUGGGAGAUCUAAUUAUAUUAGACGUUAUGAAGCUGAGGAAAAGUAUAAAUAUGAUGAGGAAAUUAAUGAUGCAAGAGCUGAUGAGUUAGGUGAUAAUCAUGAGAUUACUGGCGGCCUUGAACAUGUAUUCCACUCUGAUUCUCCUCCGGCAAGCAGCAGACUACUCCCAUUAGGUGACUAUGAUUCUCCAGGAUUUAUGGCUGAUCAGCCUACACCCAAUUAUUUUCCUCCACCUGAAGGCACUUACAGUGAUCAACCGCCACCGAAUGAUUUUCCUACACUUGGAAGCAGUUACAUUUACAGUGAUCUGCCGCCAUCCGAUGAUUUUCUUCUCCCUGGAAGCAGUUACAGUUACAGUGAUCAACCGCCUUUCAAUGAUUUUUUUCUACCUGGAAGCAAUUACAGUUACAGUGAUCAGCUAGAGAAACCUCUUGCUAGAUUUGCUUAUGACUCUUAUCAUCAUGAUCAUCAUAAUGUUGAGAUGACAGGGUCAGGAGAAGACAGGUGGAUUCAUUCGGCUUGUAAUGAAAGUCCUUAUCAGCAUCAGCAGAGUCCAUAUCAGCAUCAACCGAGUCCAAAUCAGCAGCAUCAGCACAGUGCAGGCUCUAAUAUCAGCUUAGGAGACUGAUGGAUUGAUUGGG